AUGUUGCAUACUUCAUCAAGCAACGAUAUAACAGCGGGUGAUUCUACCAAAGCAUCGUCACCUAAUGACGAAGUCAAUGAGAGCCCACCAAAAUACUCUUGGUACCAUGGAGUCUUUUUCAAUGCCACAAUCGUUGGGAUCGCGGCCUUCGCGGCUCCUGGCCUAUGGAAUGCGAUGAACUCUGUCGGGGCUGGCGGGCAGCAGACCCCAUAUCUCGUUAUGGCUGGUAAUGCUAUCCUAUUUGCCGUCAUGACGCUCACCUGCCUGACUGCGAGUAUGAUGGCGAAUAGGGUUGGCUUACGAAACUCUUUAGUAUUCGGGACCGUAGGUUUCGUGAUCUACUCGGCAGCUCUAUACACCAAUAACCGCUACGGAACAGAAUGGUUUAUAUACUUCGGCUCAGCUAUCUGCGGCCUCAGCUCUGGGAUAUUCUGGGGAACAGAAGGUGCCAUAAUGCUGACCUAUCCCGAGCCGGAAAAGCGUGGCCGGUACCUAGCAUAUUGGCUUAGCUAUCGCAACAGUGGUUCGAUACUCGGUGGCAUUAUUAACCUCGCCUUCAAUUAUCAAGGCAAAUCGACAGGAAAGCUCGAUUGGAGAACCUACAUCGUUUUUGUUGCGCUGCAAUGUUUGGGGCCGCUUUGUUCCCUAUUGUUGACUCCGCCUGAAAAGGUCAUCCGCAGAAACGGAUCGCGUAUCCAGCUAGCGGAACGGAUACCGGAUCUUGAGGAGCUGAAAGCUUUGAUGCGAGUCCUGUUACGAAAAGACUUCCUCUUGGUGAUGCCAUACUUUUUAUACAUUACGUGGACGAUCCCAUAUAUCACUACUUACUUGUCUUUGUACUUUUCAGUCCGUUCGCGUGCUCUCGCCUCUCUUGUCUCCGCAGUUGCCCAAGUUGUCACAACUCUCUUAUUCGGGGCGUUUUUAGAUUGGACGAGACUCAGUCUCAAUAAACGAGCGAGAUACGGCUAUGUAGCCAUGAUGGCUCUCAUCGGUGGCUGCUGGGUUUGGGGAGCUAUCGUGCAAAACGAGUACACGCGUCACAAGCCAGCACUAGACUGGGUUGAUAGCGGAUUCGGAAAAGGCUGGGCGUUGUACAUUUUCUGGCAGAUAAAUUUCUCACUCACGUAUAACUUUGGGUUCUGGCUUCUCAGCUUUUUAGCUAGGGAUUCUAAGGAAAUUAUUCGGUACGUCUCAGUUGCGAGAGCUGUAGAAUCAGCCGGUCAAUGUAUAUCUAGCGGUAUCAGCUCAACUUCGGUACCACUAAUAUCGGCUUUGGGGGUCUGUUUUGCAUUAUGGGGCAUCGCUGUCAUUGCAGCGUACUUCGUAGUUCGCCAAGUGGGCAUAACACACAUAGGCCCUGAGAAAGAAGCUCCGAACGCUGAUGAAAGCAAUGAGAGAUCAGAAAAAUCAUAG